GCGAGAAGAAAGGCUCGUUUCCGUCUGUCUCCUCAACAUAAUUCGUUUAUCAAUUGAAGAAAACUUGUAUCUAUCAUCGAAUAUUCUCUCAUACUAUUAUUAUUCAUACAUUAUUGCAAUUUCAAUUCAAUUUACCACAUAAACAACCAAUCCCACCACCUUCAACAAGAAAGUUUAAUGAAAUGUUGAAGAUUUGGCGAUGGUAUACAAAUUGUUUAGCUGUUCAUCCGGUGAAAACACAGGUUAUCAGCUCCGGUUUAAUUUGGGGACUUGGUGAUCUCGCCGCUCAGGCUGUUACACGCGCCACCGCUGUUAAGAAAAAAAACCUUUUCCUUUCCGAUGAAGAUAAUAUACAUAUCAAUUGGAGACGAGUUGUUACCACAAGCAUUUUUGGGAUGGCGUUUGUUGGCCCAAUUGGUCACUUCUGGUACGAAGGCUUAGAUCGUUUUCUAAAGUGUAGAUUCAAUUACCCACCAAAAUCGAUGCGAUUUGUUGCCAUGAAAGUAGCCCUAGAUGGGAUCAUAUUCGGUCCGGUUGAUUUAUUUGUAUUUUUUACUUACAUGGGUUUUGCAUCCGGUAAAAACGUAAAUCAAGUGAAAGAAGAAGUGAAACGUGAUUUUUUACCAGCCUUAAUUGUAGAAGGCGGGAUAUGGCCCAUUGUUCAAGUGGGCAAUUUCCGGUUUAUACCCGUGAGAUACCAACUUUUAUAUGUCAAUCUUUUCUGCUUGUUGGAUAGCUGUUUCCUUUCAUGGCUUGAACAACAACAAGAUGCUGCUUGGAAACAAUGGUUCAAGACUUUUUCUUUUAAAGAACAAAAAAGUCGAGAUGGAUGA